AUGCCAGGCGGUCUCAUUCUGUUGACGGGCGGUACAGGCCAUGUAGGCUACAGCACCCUCAUCGAGGCUCUCUCAAAAGGUUACAAUGUUCGCGCUGCUGUCCGAUCCGAAGCCAAAGCUGCCGAGAUUAGAGCAAGCAAAUCAACGAAACCGUAUCUGGGUCAGCUCACCUUCACUACAGUCCCCAACAUCGAAGAGAACGGAGCCUUCGAUGAGGCAGUCCGGGGCGUCGAUUACAUCGUCCACAUUGCGUCCCCUCUCGGCAAGAGCGGCUUGGAUUUUGACACGGGCAUUGUGCAGCCAGCCAUCCGGGGAACCUUGAGUAUUCUGCAUUCCGCGCUUCAGGAGUCAUCUAUCAAGAAAGUUGUCAUCACCUCCUCCGUGGUAGCUGUUCUCCCCUCCGAACAGAAACCCUUCACAGAAGACAACAUCGAACCAGAUCCGCAGGGCCCAUACCCUGACACCUUUACCGCAUACAUUGCGAGCAAAAAGCUGGCCUACAACCGAACCAGAGACUUCAUUGCGCAUGAAAAGCCCUCUUUUGACAUUAUCAACGUCAUGCCAACGUUCGUCAUCGGCAAGAACGAACUGGCAACAACCCGACAAGCUGUCGACAAUGGCUCCAAUGCCCUCGCCCUGGCUCCUCUGUUGGGGAAGCAGAACCCAACUGGAACGCCCUUCAUUACGUGUCACGUAGAUGACGUUGCUUUUGUACAUAUCGCUUCGCUCUCGCCCGAAAUCAAAGGCAAUCAAAACUUUGGGGUCAAUUCUAUUGAAAAGACACCAGUCCAAUGGGACGAUGCCAUCGACAUUGUCAAGAAGCACUUUCCGGAGGCAGUCGAGAGAGGUGUCUUUCCUCUUGGAGGGUCUGCAAAGUCUUUCCCAUUACCUUUCGACGCAAGCAAGACGGAGAAGACCUUUGGUAUCAACUUCAAGCGCUUUGAAGACCAGAUUGUCAACCUUGCUGGCUACUACACUGCGCUGGAGGCCUGA